GACGAGGAAGGGGCGGGGUAAGGCUUCAGCAACAAAGCGGCUGUGAAGCUUCAACAAUCGGACGCUCCAAGCUAAGCUAACGGUGUUAAAUGUUUUCUCCUGUGUGUGCCUCAACUCAGCAACAUGACGGUUGUUCUUGAGAAGACGCCAGAUAAAAAACUGCACCACAAGCUUGCAGUUCCUUCAAGUUGACAGGACCUUUCUACAUUUUACUUUGUCCGAUGGAAGCCAAGGCACACAGCCCGAGGUGGAAGAUGCCUCUCGCAGAGUUUACACCUGGCAGGAGAUGGCCAAGUCCGACUACCAAAGACGGGGGAAGAGGCAAGACGGAGAGAGGGAGGGACGGAGGAGAAUUGCACAAAAGUGUCACUAUGGCUCCCACGUCCAGGUAUCUGACCGGCACACAGUACGUAACGAGAAAGCCUCUGUUCUCUGCAGAACAACACGCAUCUAUCUUAAAGAAGACACAUCAACAGAUGCACACAGAGAAGGACAAACAGUUGUGUGUUGGCAGAAGAGAAGAUGACCUGCAACGCGCUGAUGCGAAUAUCUUGACGAGACCAAGAUCAGAGCUGAUCCCAGAGAGCUUCAGCCUCUCUCACAGUGACGUCUCUAGAACAGACACAGGCUUACCCCUGGGGGUCUCGGAUCUCAGGGCCAGGCUGCACCACAAAGAACCCACUUUUGAAUCACCCUACCCCGGCAGCAGAUCAGCUCAGCGGAGCCUCUCCAACUCCCUCCUGGAGGUCCAGAGACUGAACCCUCCUCGCAGACCGCAGCUGAACUCAACUGUCCUGUAUCCUACCUACACCCCUCGCUCAACGCUCUCCAGGCAAGGCCAGACCCAGCUCAGGCUGGGGGGUAGGGAGAGAGAGGCCAAACUGUGCUCUUCUAGGGGAGACAUAAAGGGACUUCCGAUGUCCUUGCAUCAGGCGAACUACUGGGCUGGUGCCAUCCCCAAAGUUUUGCCCCCAUCUCCAGACAGACACUCUGCAGACUGGGACCCAAACAGGGAGUACCAGGCCCUGCUGGACUACACCUACCCUCUGAGACCAGGACAGGUGGUCUUUGAGGGGGACAGCUCCAAGCUCCGGGGAGACUCACUCCUUCAAACGGACUCCAACCUGCAGGACUCGGGGAUCGAACUGGACCACCUUUGUAGCUCCACCAGCCUGUCAGGGUUGGACUUUUCUCUCAGCGCUUGUCACGAAUUACCUGACCCGCAGGGGCUGAACAAAUCCUCAGAUGGUCCAGACCCCAUGGGUCUGUCCAUGGACAGUUUGGACUGCAGAAAGAAUGGAGGUGGGAUGAGUCGGUUUGACGGUCACUCCUCCACCUCCUCUGCUUUCCACCGCUACGCCAACGUUCACCCGCUGUCCAGGUGUGUGUGCAGGGAAGUGGACGAGGAGUUCUGGCCACUUCCGGAUCAGAUGGAGGAGCUGCAGCUGUUGUCCAGACGGGUCAGUACUGAAGGACACUCUUCACUGAAGGACCACACUGGUGCCUUAAACCAUUCACUCUAAAUCACUCAUACUUUGCAUUAUUGAUGAUCUUUUUCUUAAGAGUACGUUUUUAGAUUGCAUUCAUUUCCACAUGGUCUGAAAAUCCGCCUUCAAAGACGGAAGUACUGGUU